AUGGCAACGUUUCUGGCCAGUGUGCGCGGCACUUGGUGGAGGAUCCCUUCGAUCCCCUCGAAGCGAUGCAGAGCCGGCGGAGCACGGCACUGUUCGGUGGAGAAGUUUGCGGCCAUGAAACCGAACCCUGUGAGUAUGCAUAGCUGGAUGCAUGAGUUCGCCAAGCCAGGACCUUUCGCAGAAUUCCUGGUAGAGGAGAUGCCUAUCCGCUUUGCUGAACGCAUUCGAUGGAUCGAGCAGGUUCAGGAGUGGAAGGACAUCCCGGAACUCGUUGAUUCCCACAUGAAGCACAAAGCUUCCUUUUCGUACAUACGCAAGGCUGAGCCACAAGACCCUGUGAAUUUCCAGAAGGCCGUGCAGAAGGUCCUCAAGCGACAAGAGAACAUGGUGGAGCUGAUGACCCUCGGCAUGCACAAGCUACGGAAACUCCGCAGAGCCGACAACUUUGACCACUUUACGAACAAGUUUCUGGACAAUUUUCUGUUGAACCGACUUGGUUGCAAUUUGCUACUCUCUCAUUACCUGGCCUGUGCACAUCCACAUCGCAAGAUGAUUGGUAUAAUUGAUCCUCAAUGUGAUGCUGUUGAGACCUGCAAGGCAGCUGGACAGGAAAUUCUGAGCGCUUGCCAAGACUUCUUGGGACGCAAGCCGGUGCUCCGGGUGGAAGGUUUUUCCCAAGAAGGUCACCAAGGGCCCGCACCCAGAUUUGCCUACAUUCCUGGCAUCUUAACGUUUAUCAUGCGGGAGUUGCUGAAGAACAGCUGCCGUGCCACACUGGACAUCACACCCAAUGAUGCAGAUCUGGCAAGCCGCCCGAUCGAGGUGGUGGCCUGUGCAAAUGCAGCACACGUGAUGAUUCGAGUGAGUGAUCGAGCAGGAGGCAUCCCCAUUGAGGUUGGAAAUCGUGUGUGGUCUUACAUGUAUACCACCUCCUCUGGGAAGGCAUCUCCCCUGAGUGGCUAUGGCGUUGGGCUGCCACUCUCGCGGCUGCAUGCCCGGUACAUGGGAGGUACCUUAGAACUGAUCUCCUUGCCUGGCUAUGGCACAAACGCGUAUUUGAGCUUGCCUCGGGUUGACAAAGAGAUGGUCGAAGUUGUCCCAGAUGAGGAUGCUCCAGCAGCAUUGCCUUACUCCUUUACUGUGUAG